AUGGACCCAACUCCUUCUGUUGCUGCUCCUGCUCUAUUCAACUUAGCCGGUAAGAAUGCGCUCAUUACCGGUGCCACGCGAGGCAUUGGCGCGGCCUGCGCAAAAGCUCUCGCAGAAGCUGGUGCGGCUCUGUGUAUCGUCCUUCGCGAACCGGCUCCUGGAGUAGAACCCAAUCUCGUCACCGUGAACGCGCUCAAGGAACUAGGCGCUAAAGUGGAAUAUGUCUUCUGCGAUCUGAGCGAUCUGGCGUCAGUCAAGGGGCUUUUCCAGAAAGCGCUCGACGCUAUGGGCGGCUCUAUUGAUAUCCUCGUCAACUGCGCGGGUAUACAACGGCGUUCGCCGAGUGUAUCCUUCUCGGAACAGGAUUGGGACGACGUCUUGAACGUCAAUCUCAAGUCCGUCUGGCUUCUGUCUCAAGCAGCCGGCCAGCACAUGGUACCCCGUCGCACGGGAAAGAUCAUCAACUUCUGCUCGCUCUUGACCUUCCAGGGUGGCUUGACGGUCCCAGCCUACGCUUCCGCGAAGGGGGCUCUGGGACAACUGACGAAGGCACUGAGCAAUGAAUGGAGCCAGCACAACGUCCAAGUAAACGGCAUCUGUCCGGGUUAUAUUGCGACGGACAUGAACGAGAAGCUUCUGGCGGAUCCUGUCCGCCUCCGGCAGAUCUCAGAGCGGAUCCCCGCUGGCCGCUGGGGCACACCCGAAGACUUUGCCGGUCCUGUCGUCUUUCUCGCGAGCAGCGCGAGCCAGUAUGUCUGCGGCGAGCUUCUUGUCGUAGAUGGAGGCUGGAUGGGCCGGUAA